AAUCAAAGUACAACUUUUUGGAACAUUUCCAGCGAGUUUUGUAAUGAGUUAAUUUUCAUAGCUUCUAAAAAUUUGAUUUUGCUACAUGGGUUUUGUCUGAUAGCUUGCUUCUUUAUCUGGGUUGUUGCUAGAUUUUGAUAACAGAUUGAAUACAUGUAGCAUAGACUCAAUUCAAGAAAACAAUAUAGAGCUGGAACUCUAGCUAAACUUGUAUUAGCUGCAAGAUUCACUUCAGCUUAGCACUAAGUUUUGCUCUUUUUGAGUUUGAAUUUGGAUAUAAAGUCAUCAGAAUCAUGCUGGCCAAUACAGAUAAUUCAUCUGCUAUUAAUGACUCCACAGCUUCUGGUGAAGCUAGUGUUUCAUCUUCAGGUGAUCAGAUGGCACCUAAAAAACCAGAAAAAAAGAAGCGAAAUCUCCCAGGAAUGCCAGAUCCAGAUGCUGAGGUUAUUGCUAUGUCCCCGGCGUCUCUGAUGGCUACGAAUCGAUUUAUUUGUGAAAUUUGCAACAAAGGCUUUAAGAGGGACCAAAAUUUGCAGCUCCAUAGGAGGGGACACAACCUCCCAUGGAAGCUAAAGCACAGGUCAAGCAAAGAGAAUCACAAGCGGGUCUAUGUCUGUCCAGAGGAAUCAUGCGUUCAUCAUGAUCCUUCGCGGGCUUUAGGUGACCUCACAGGGAUAAAGAAGCAUUUUUUCCGAAAGCAUGGAGAAAAGAAGUGGAAAUGUGACAAUUGCUCCAAGAAGUAUGCGGUUCAAUCAGAUUGGAAGGCUCAUUUGAGAAUUUGUGGAACAAGAGACUAUAAGUGUGACUGUGGUACUUUGUUUUCGAGGAGGGAUAGCUUUAUCACACACAGAGCGUUCUGCGAUGCAUUAGCAGCAGAGACUAGUAAACAACAGCCGGUAGAUGCUAGUGCUACUCCCAGCUUAGGAGAAGAUCCGAUGCCUCAGAAUGACAGUUCAUUACCUCCAUCCCCGCCUUCACUCCUUACUUCAACCGCUGAGAUUCCAGCUGUUUUGCGUAAUCACAGUCCAGAGCUGCAAGAAGCUUCAGAUCCCAAUACUGGUGAGGUUUCAAACAAUACGCCACCACUGGUAAUUGGCUUGAGGGGAAGCUGCAGCAGCUCAAGUAGCAAUGGAAGUACAAGCAGCAGUGUGUUUACGAGCUUAUUCACAUCAUCCACGUUUUCAGGAAGUAUGCAUUCUCAAACAACUGGAUUUACUGAUCUAAUUCGAGCAAUGUCUCAAGCUGAACCAGCACCUCCUUCGUCAGCAGAAAAGAUAUCUCUUUGCCUUGCAACCAAUCACGAGUCAGGCAAUAUCACCGGGCAAGACCAUAAGCAGUAUGCACCGCUACCUCCACCUGCAAUGUCUGCAACUGCAUUACUACAGAGAGCUGCCCAAAUGGGCGCAACUGCCCCUAACACGUCUUUACUUAGGGGGUUUGGAGUUGUCUCUUCUGCAUCUCCUACAGGACAGGGAGAGUGGAAAGGACAGAAAGUUGAGUCAGAUGGUUCAUUACUGGCUGCAGGGCUUGGACUUGGGGGGCAUUAUGAUGGGAUAUCUGGUUUAAAGGAACUGAUGAUGGGAACUCCGUCUGUGUUUGGUCCCAAGCACACUACACUGGAUUUUCUUGGUUUGGGUAGGGCUGCCAGUGAUGGUCAGACUACAGGGUUGUCGCGGUUGAUGAUGUCUACUCCCGAUGCUGCUGCAGCCUCAACAACUUCCUUUUCUGGUACUGAACAUUCUGGAGAAGAGAACAGGAAGAGUUCAUAACCUGGAAUGUGAACCAGAAUGUUUUCAUGAAAUUCGGUACUUGUACUAGUCAUUAUCUAUGCUAGAGACUGACAGCACAAACUUAUUUGUAGAGUUCUAAUUAAAUGUCUGCUACUGCAAAUCAAAGUUUAGGUCUUAUUGUAAAAAGACCUACAUAUAUGGUCUUUUGAUCCAUUCCUGGAUCUAUCAGUUGAGAUCUUUAGUUAGUGCCAAUUCUAGGGAAAACACAAGCAUGAUAUAACAGGACUUGCUGAAGAGAACUGAUCACCUAGAUCUCAACCUUUCCAGUUUAUUUAAGGAGCUGGUAUCUUUUCUAGUUUAAUUGUAAAUGUUGAGCUGCUUGAGCAUGCCUAGUUACGUUUUUUCUCGAAUGCAUAAAUUAUGUUUUA